CUUUUUCUGUGAAAUCUCUGAGAAAUCUCUCAAAUCCUUCAAAAAUGUGUUCAUCUUCUUCCUCUUUUCCUCUCUUUCUCAACCCUCCCAUUCACCACAAACCUCGACCUCUCUUCCCCUCUGCAACAUUCUCCUCCUCGUCUCGCUCUCUCGGCUUCAAAUCCUUUCUUUGCUUCUCCUCCGACCCCUCCCAAUUCGACCGCCGAGAGGUCCUGUGGCUCCGCGAGGAGCAGCGAUGGCUCCGCGAGGAGCAACGGUGGCUCCGCGAGGAGCAGCGCUGGGCGCGGGAGCGCGACUCGCUCCUCCGCCGGAUCGCCAACCUCGAGCGCCGGAUUCAGGCCAUGCAAGGCUCCGAGGCCGUCGCGGGCGUCGCUGCUCUUGUCCAGGCUCUGAAGGACCAGAGCCGGAUCGCCGAGAGUGGGACGAGCGCGAGUCCGAUUGUUUUGGAGGAGAAGAAGAGCGCGGAAGAUGAGGAGAGAGAGAAGGAAAUGGUGGUGGUGGAGAAGGUGGUUAGGGUUUCGGAUGGAGAGGCCGCGAAGACGACCGGGAAGAAGAAGAGGAGUGCUCUGAGGAUGGGAUCGGAAGGAGAAGAAGUUCGAGCUAUGCAGGAAGCGUUGGAAAAAUUAGGAUUUUACUCAGGUGAGGAAGACAUUGAAUAUUCUAGCUUUUCAACUGGAACUGAGCGUGCUGUGAAGACUUGGCAAGCCAGCUUAGGUGCCCGAGAAGACGGGAUAGUGAGUGAAGAACUUCUUGAGAGAUUAUUCAUGGAGCAAACACAGGGUGUUAGCUCAAACAAGAAUGCAGAACCAAAGGAAGGUGCAAACGGAUCUGCUAUAACAUCUGUAACUGAGAUUUCAAACGUUCAACAAACGGCAGUAAAAGACGAAGGUGUUAAAGGAGUAGAGGUAUCCAAACAUCGUGUUUACCUUCUAGGAGAAAACCGAUGGGAAGAACCUUCUAGACUUGGUGGUCGGGACAAAAAAGUUGAUGAUAAGAGCACGAGCAAGUGCCAUGUUUGCCGCGGGGAGGGUCGAUUAAUGUGUACAGAAUGUGAUGGAACAGGCGAAGCAAACAUUGAACCUCAGUUCUUGGAAUGGGUGGAUGAGGGGGCAAAAUGUCCAUAUUGUGAAGGCCUUGGAUACACAAUCUGCGAUUUAUGUGAAGGGAAAACAAUGCUAUAGGUAAUAUCUAAUAUAUUUCUCCUCACAUGUAUAGUAUACGUGUAGUAUACUCCUUAGUACAUUUGCUGCGUUUGUCUAAUGAACUUUUUGUUGGAGAAACGGAAGAAAAAGGGCCUUUUAAGAUCCCGCAGUGAAA